UUAAAAGAGUAAAUAACAAUAAAAAUAGUUUCAGUGAAUUUUUAUAUUGCCAAUUAUAUUAAAAUAAAACUAUAAAAUGUCGAAUAAAAAUACAGCGGAAUUUAAAAGUGGAAAUAAGAACACCGAUGAAGAAAGUUGUCAAAAGAAGGAGUUAUUAGGAAAUGUAGACUUCGAUUUGGCACACGGAACGGAUUCGGGGUUUCUUUCAGGACCACAAAACUCUUUCUUCCAAGAAGAUGAAGAAUGUAAACAAAGUUCUGCUGAAAACAUUGGUAACAAUUUGAAUGCCCAAAAUCCCAAUAUCGAUAAAUCAGUACACCGAGAUGGGAAUUUUGCUAAUAUUGGCGAACAUUGUGAAAAAGCUGCUGAGGAAUUAUGUAUUGUUGAUUCGGGCUGCAUUGAGGAAGAAGAAUGUGAGUCCAACGAUUUACAUGCCGACACUGAGCCUCCUCAUGCCAUUGUACAGCCCAAUACACGAUCGCGACCACAAGUAAACCAAACAAGUGCAUCUGAAUUUACAAGUUCACAAGAUAAUAAAAUGAAAACAAAGCAAGAUGUCGAUGCUCACAUUUCAGAACGCUUUUCUAAUCUUAGUUUACAACACGGCACAAUAAAUGACUUGGGCGCGUCUUGCAAAGAUACUGCCGUGGACCCUGAACAAGCGAAACCAACAAAGGCAUCGGCUGAACUCCUCAAUAAAUUGCCAGCAUGGGAACAAUACUACCAACAAAAUGACGAAGGAGACACUUAUCUUCAUUUGGCUUGCAUAUCGGGAUACGACAAUGUGGUAGCUGCUCUUUUCCGCCUCGCUAUACAUCCUUGUCUGUUGGACAUAAAAAACGAUUAUGGACAAACUCCCUUACAUCUAGCUGCGCUAACAAAACAGAGAAAAAUUAUGCGCAUGCUAUUGCUAGCUGGCGCCAAGCCAACCAUACGCGACAACAACGGAAACACAGCCUUACAUAUUGCUUGUAUGUCUGGCGAUGAACAAUGUGUGAAUGCUUUAACUGUUCCAUUUAGUGCUUCAGAGAUCAAUGAAGCUCACCGCCAGUUUGGUUACAGAUCCAAUGAUAAGCGAGUUUCUUCACUUAGUUAUGCAUCUUUACCCACUGGUUUAGAAAUUCGCAAUUACAACGGCGAAUAUUGUGUUCAUUUGGCUGCCGAAGGAGGCCAUUUACAAAUAUUAAAAACUUUAGUACAGUCUGGAGCGGACAUCAAUGCCAGAGAAGGAAAAGGUGGAUACACACCUCUACAUAUUUCCAUUGAAAAGGGUAAUGAGGAGUUAUUCAAUUUCCUCCUGGAUGAUUGUAAGCCGAAUUUGGAAACAACCACUUUCGGACGGCUGACUGCAUAUCAACUAACAUGCAUUCUGAAGAGGUCACAAAUGCAAAGCAGUUUAGAAAAAUAUGGCGCAGAGCCAUUAUCACCACCGGAAAGCGAAUAUGAAAGCAGCGACGACGAAUCGGAUUUUGAAGAAUCUAAGAACUAUGAAAGAUUCGUCGAGCCGGGAUACUUCGGAGGCAAUGUCAUGGCAGUCAUGUAAAAACAAAGAACCGCCUUGUUUGGCGUGUUCUUUUCGUUUAAGAGAGUACCUAAAUACACUCGAUGUACUUAAGUUUAUUAACAAUAUAAGGAUACGAAUUCAUAAAUGCCGAACGAAAUUUAGAAAAUUAUAAGCAUAUCUUUACCGUUAAGUAGUUAAAGAAUUGGUUUAUAAAAUCUCGAUAUUCUUCUAAUUAAUGUAUAAAUUAUUAUAAUUUUCAUGUACGUAUUUUACAAUAACUGUGACAUGACUGUGACUAAGUAUUUACUAUAUAGUAAAACAUAUGAAAAACAACCAAUAUCUUCAUAUAAAGGGACCUAAAACAAUAAAAUAAUAAUAUAUGUAUGUAUGUAUAUGUUGCUAACGCAACAAUCGAAAACUGAAAUGGUUUUAAUCUAUACUUUUGGGAA